GUUUUUUUUGCAAUAAUAAAAAAGUACGUAUUUGCAUGCAUGAGCGAGAAUAAUGAGAUUAUUGCUAUUAAGGCCUUAUAAUUACUUUCUUUUGCAAAUUUGACCUUUUCCAAGUCUUUAUUUAAUUAGAGUCUUUAUUAAUAAAGCCAGUUAUUAUUUUUCCUAAAUUAUAUAAUUAAUCCAAAUAUCUCCAAAACAAAACCCCAACAAUCUCUUCUCUUCUUCCAUAUUUUCUCAAAAAAAAAAAAAAAAACAAUGUCAAGUUCGAAUCUUUAUCCUCACACGAUUUCCCAAACCCCAAAAACCCAACCUUUACCGUCACCGGCGACGAAAAACCCCGGCGCCGUGAAAUUCUCAUUCCCACCCAGUUCAGAUUCCGACCCCAUAACAAUCCCAACAACCCCUUUAGUCACUUUCCUCGAAAGGGUUCAAGAAACAGCACUCCAAACAUUCGGGAAGUCAAACUUUGACCCCAAACUCUACGUUGAUUUGUCGUUAAAGACCGAUUUGAAGGCUGCCGAAGCCGGGUUGAAUCGGGUCGUGGAAACCGGGUCGGGUUUGAGGGAAUAUAUAGAGGAAUAUUUUGAGGGUGCAGGGGAAGAUUUGGUGUACUGUGAAGCAGAAGAUUAUGUGGCUGAACCAGAAGGGUUUUUGGCUAAGGUGAAGAAUGAAGAAGUGAGAAAAUGGGCAUUGGAAAUUCAUUCACUUUGGCGAAAUUUGAGUAGGAAAGUUUCCGGUGAGGUGUGGCGGCGGCCGGAACGGCAUACUCUUCUUCCUCUGCCUGAAUUGGUUAUGGUUCCUGGCUCAAGAUUCAGAGAGGUUUAUUAUUGGGAUUCUUAUUGGGUUAUAAGGGGAUUACUAGCAAGUAAAAUGUAUGAAACAGCAAAAGCAAUUGUGAAUAACCUCAUUUUCCUCAUAGAAGAACAUGGAUAUGUACUCAAUGGUGCAAGAGCCUAUUACACAAAUAGGAGCCAACCUCCACUCCUUAGUGCCAUGGUUUGUGAAAUAUACAAGAAGACUAAAGAUCUAGAAUUGGCUCAAAAAUCUCUCCCUUCUCUAAUCAAAGAAUAUAAAUUUUGGAAUUCUGGUAUACAUGGAGUGAGAAUUCAAGUUGAUGAAACUUGUGAUCAAACUUUAAGUCGAUAUUAUGCUAUGUGGAACAAACCCAGACCCGAGUCUUCAACUAUUGACAGAGAAAAUGCUUUGAUGAUCUCUAACCCUUAUGCAAAGCAACAAUUUUAUUGUGAAGUAGCUUCAGCUGCUGAAUCUGGAUGGGAUUUUAGUACAAGAUGGAUGAGGGAUCACACAGAUUUUACUACACUUGCUACAACUUCAAUUCUACCCGUUGACUUGAAUGCUUUCAUACUUGGGAUGGAAUUGAAUAUUGCUUUCUUGGCAAAAGUUACAGGAGAUGAUUGCAUCUCUGAACAGUUUACAAAGGCUUCUCUAAUGAGAAAAAAGGCAAUGGAAAUUGUUUUUUGGAAUGAUGAAAUGGGACAAUGGUUUGAUUAUUGGCUCAACAAAAACUCUUCUCAUGAGCAGGAUCAAGAGACUCAAACUUGGAAUGUUGAGAAUCAGAAUCAGAAAAUAUUUGCUUCCAAUUUCAUUCCCUUAUGGAUUGAGUCUUUUCAUUCAGAUGAUUUUGUGGUAGAAAAAGUUAUGAAAAGUCUUCAAAGCUCAGGUCUUCUUUGUUCUUGUGGAAUAGCAACAUCUUUGACUGAUUCAGGAGAACAAUGGGAUUUCCCAAAUGGGUGGGCUCCAAUCCAACAUAUGAUUAUUGAAGGUUUGGCAAAAUCAAGAUCCAAAGAAGCAAGAUUAAUGGCUGAAAAUAUUGCGAUGAGGUGGAUAAGAACUAAUUAUGCUUGUUACAAAAAAACAAAAACCAUGCAUGAGAAAUACAACGUCGAAAUUUGUGGAGAUUUUGGAGGUGGUGGUGAAUACAAUCCUCAGACUGGUUUUGGUUGGUCAAAUGGAGUAGUAUUGGCUUUGUUGGAAGAGUUUGGAUGGCCUGAAGAUCUAAGUAUCGACUGUUGUUGAUCUAAUUUCUUACAAAAUAAACAAGAUGAGUCUUAAUCAAAUACUUUUCUGAUUUGUUAUUCCAACUCUCGGGUGAUAAUUAAGGUCCCUGGUUUUGAAUUUUGAUGGAUCCAAUGCUCACUUCUAUCAUAAGAAUUAGUUGUUUUUGGUAAUGAUUUUUGAAAUGUUGUGUUGGCUAUUUUAAAUAAUAAUUUUGAUAUUUCUUUGAUUAAUGAAACUAUUAUUGUUUUA